CAAAUCAACGCCGAGGUUGUUAACAUUGGGAAACUGAUGUUUGGCAUUUGGGUUUGAAAAGAUGUCGCUCAAUCGGGGCAUCGGUAAUGUGGAGUACAUGAAAAAGAGGAUACCGAAAAACGCUAAGUAUCAACAUGUCCGAACAAGGCUGGACACAGGAUGCAGCCUUUCAAAGUAUAUGGAAAAACUGGAGGAGAUUAAAAAGAAUUACAGGUAUCGAAAAGAUGAAAUCUUCAAGCGGUUAAAGGUUACAACAUUUGCACAAUUGGUACUUCAGGUGGCCUCUGUAUCAGACCUGAAUGAAAGUGAUGAUGGCGAAUCACAUGGGCCAGAGGACGGUCUGUCAGUGGUGUCUGAUGCAGACCUCGAGUGUCUGUCUGAACACAUCAACGGCUCCCCACAGGCGUCACUUCUUUCAGAUCGGCAGGAUGACGGAUACACCCGGGAAAUGUGCUACUCUGCCAGGUCAACACUGCUAAGCGUUAUUAGUGGUGUGGGAGAGCUGAACCUCGACAGGAACAACCAGAAGAUGAAGAAUGAGUCUGUGUUCAGCCCCGAACCAGCUGACAGGCCCUAUCCCGACUGCCCUUACCUGCUGCUGGACGUACGCGACAGGGACCAAUACGACCGCUGCCACAUCAUCAGCGCACACAGUUUCCCCAUAGCCACGCUCUCUCGAACAAUGAACCCCUACACCAAAGAAGUGCUGGAAUAUAAAAAUGCCACAGGGAAGAUCCUCAUUGUGUAUGAUGAGGAUGAGAGAAUAGCCAGCCAGGCAGCCACUGUCAUGUGCGAACGAGGGUUUGAGAAUCUGUUUAUGCUGUCUGGAGGUCUCAAGGUAAUCGCUCAGAAGUUUCCAGAAGGGAUGACGACAGGCUCCAUCCCAACCUCAUGCCUCUCCUCGCCCACGUCAUCGAAGGUCAGGAAGAGUUCUUUGCCGCAGCAGCCGUCGACAGUCGCAGAGAGGAAGUGGCGGUUUACAUCAGACGAGCUGGCCAAGAUCCAGGAGCAGCUGGAGGAGAUACUCAUCCCCAGUAACUCCAACUCCCGCAUGUCCAGCCGCAUGUCAUCCAGCAGCUCCCAGUCUAAAGCAUCCAGCGCUCAGAGUCGACGCAGUUCCUCUACAGCUGCGGGAGGGGACAGCGCCAGGGUUCAGAGCUGUAGACCCUGGAAAUAAAACCAUCACCCACUCAACCACACAGAUACAAACAAACAUACCUCCAACACAAAGUCCAUUUAUUCCAGGGUGCGUUUUUCCGCUCCAUAAUUGUAAAGAAACAUACCUCCGGUCCCAGUCUGCAAAAUAAUCCACAAUACUGCUUCAGUCAGAAGUGGAAAGGAGACCACAUCUACUUUAUUAAAGCAACUUGGUUACGUGCCCAUGUAUAUUUGUGUUUCUGGCGCCCGCUAGCAUCUUUUAUUCCAGAUUUUUUUCUCACACAGAUGCUUAAUCCAGGUUUUGUGUUUUUCAGUUUAGGAAAUUGCACACAUCAGGGUACAGUAAUUGACACUACACAAAACCAAAAUAUUUUAAUUCUAAUUAAGACUGGAGAACAGUAUGAAAUUUACUAAUGAAAAAAUCUGUAGGAACAGAACAAAGAAGACUCAUCGGUAAUCAGUGUAAUACUGCACUGUCAAACUGUAGCAUUUUCCCAUUAACGUUUUCUGUAUAUCUGCAUUUGAAUGUUUGCACAGUGAUGAAUCUUUUUGCACUCAAAAUAAAUUUUCAUGUAACACUAUUCUCAUUAUGGCUUUCCUAAAAGAUUUUUUUUCCCUGGAUUAAAUGUGGACAUGACAUGAAGGAUGUGCUGGGAAUGUACAGUAUGUGUUACAUGAGAUGUAAUUUACAGUAUAUAGAUAAUGUUACAGAGGUUGAUCCAUUUUGUAAAAUGAAGAAAAGCUGCGCUGUACUUUUGUAAUUUUCUCCAUAUUGUCAGGAUGUCUUAUUGUGAUUUCUAAACCGGUGAUGCACCAAAAGCCUUUAUGUGCGACUUCUUCCGCUUAUGCUGUUACCUGACUGUGAUUUUAUUGGUGUGCGUGUGUGCGUGCGUGCGUGUGUGUGUGUGUGUGUGUGGCUCCAAGUACUGUAAUUUGCAAUCACACUUACUGAUUAGUUCAAGCCAAUCAUCACAAAAUCGCAGUUUCACUAGAGGAACACAAUGGGCUUUUUGUCAUGGCUGUAACAGAAUUACAUGUAGUACUUCAGAACCCACAAAUGCAUUUGUAAAACAGUAUUGUUGAUUUGUGGCCUUUUGUCUUCUCGGCAUUGUAGUGACGUGUUGCAUGGUUCUUGGUUCAUUUUAAUAAAAUUACAGACUACACUCCACAGCCCUUUUGUUUUCACCAAAGUAAUUUGUUUUCACCAUCAGUCUUAACUCACAUGAACCAUCUGAUCACAUGAUUUUGAUUGUAAAUGGAUUUCAAAUAAAGUGUAUAAUUGUU